AUGCCUGACACCACGCUGCCUGCCUGCUUCCUCAGCCUGCUGGCCCUCACCUCCGCCUGCUACUUCCAGAACUGCCCGAGGGGCGGCAAGAGGGCCAUGUCGGACAUGGAGCUGAGACAGUGCCUCCCCUGCGGCCCCGGGGGCAAGGGGCGCUGCUUCGGGCCCAGCAUCUGCUGCGGGGAAGAGCUGGGCUGCUUCGUGGGCACCGCCGAGGCGCUGCGCUGCCAGGAGGAGAACUACCUGCCGUCGCCCUGCCAGUCUGGCCAGAAGCCAUGCGGGAGCGGUGGCCGCUGCGCCGCGGCCGGCAUCUGCUGCUAUGAGGAGAGCUGCGUGACGGAGCCCGAGUGCCGGGAGGGCGCCGGCAUCCACCGCCGCACCCGCGCCAGCGACCGGAGCAACGCGACUCAGCUGGACGGACCGGCCGGGGCCUUGCUGCUGCGGCUGGUGCAGCUGGCGGGGGCGCCCGAGCCCGAGGAGCCCGCCAAGCCCGGCGUCUACUGA